ACCAGAUCCGGCUUUAAAUACCUAAAUUGUAUAGAUCUGUGAUUGAAGAUGUUAUUAAUGAUGUACGAGACAUUUUUCUGGAUGAUGGAGUGGAUGAACAGGUCCUGAUGGAACUAAAAACUUUGUGGGAGAAUAAACUCAUGCAGUCUAGGGCAGUAGAUGGAUUUCAUUCAGAAGAACAGCAGCUUUUGUUGCAAGUUCAGCAGCAGCAUCAACCCCAGCAGCAGCAGCAUCACCACCACCACCACCACCAGCAAGCGCAACCUCAGCAAACGGUACCUCAGCAAGCACAGACCCAACAGGUUCUUAUUCCUGCAUCACAGCAAGCUACAGCACCACAAGUUAUUGUUCCUGAUUCUAAGUUGAUACAACAUAUGAAUGCAUCAAGUAUUACGAGUGCUGCUGCUACAGCUGCUACCUUGGCGCUUCCUGCAGGCGUGACUCCUGUUCAACAGAUACUAACAAAUUCAGGCCAGCUGCUUCAGGUGGUCAGAGCAGCCAAUGGUGCUCAGUAUAUCUUUCAGCCUCAGCAAUCAGUUGUUCUACAACAACAAGUUAUACCACAAAUGCAGCCCGGUGGAGUACAAGCGCCUGUUAUCCAACAGGUCCUAGCCCCACUCCCUGGAGGGAUUUCACCGCAGACAGGUGUCAUCAUCCAGCCACAGCAAAUCUUAUUUACAGGAAAUAAGACUCAGGUCAUUCCUACAACAGUGGCAGCACCCACACCAGCACAAGCACAGAUACCUGCAGCUGGACAACAGCAGCCACAGGCCCAGCCUGCUCAACAGCAAGCUCCAUUGGUGUUACAAGUUGAUGGAACGGGGGAUACAUCUUCUGAGGAAGAUGAAGAUGAAGAAGAAGACUAUGAUGAUGAUGAGGAGGAAGAUAAAGAGAAAGAUGGAGCUGAAGAUGGGCAGGUGGAGGAAGAGCCCCUCAACAGUGAAGAUGAUGUAAGUGACGAGGAAGGGCAGGAACUCUUUGACACAGAAAAUGUUGUUGUAUGCCAGUACGAUAAGAUACACAGAAGUAAAAAUAAAUGGAAAUUUCAUCUCAAGGAUGGCAUUAUGAAUCUUAACGGAAGAGAUUACAUAUUUUCCAAAGCCAUUGGAGAUGCAGAGUGGUGAAGAGCUGCUUCUUUCCUUUUAUAAAUAAGACAGAGAAACUUAAAAAGUUAAAAUGGAGGGUUUGAAACUUGGGACAUAUAUCAGCCAAAACUUCACUUCUGCAUGUCAGAAAAGCGCAGUAGAAGCAAAGCUACUGGAACCAAGCUAGACCUUGACCACAUAGACACUACUUCAGACUGGCAAGCCAUGGAACUGUAGCA